AUGUAGACGAAUAAUUAACUUUAAACAAUUAAAAUUAAAAAGAUUCUCCUAAAGGAGCUUUAAAAUAAGUAAAAAUAAAAUAAAAAUAAUUAUAUAAAUAUAAAUAUAUAGUAAAACUUUCCAAAUAAUUAUUAAACCUUUUAAACUAAAAUCCAAUAAUUACCAUAUUAAAGUUUCUAGUCUAGUAAUAUUGUAGGUCCUUCUACUAUCCGUUCAUUAACUGUUAGAUAAUUAAAAGAAACAAUUGAGGAAAUAUACAAAUCUAAACAAAGUUUUGAUAAAAAAUAUUAGGAAGCAUAGUUACCAAGGGAAACAAUGGAGUAACAUAUGUAUACUUAUUUGAAUUAGAAAUAUGGACUGAAAAAUUUAAUUAUAGAAUGGGCAGCAGCUUUAAUAAAUGGAAUAAGAAAAUUUUCUUCAGAAGAUAAUGAUGUGGCAGUUUUUGGAAAAAUCUUAAGGAAUGAAUGUGAUGAAGAAUUUAGAUUUGUAUAAAAUUAAGUUAAAAAUACUAUUUAGGAAUUAUUAAAAAUGUAUUUAAGAGGCAAAUAUUCCUAUAAACAUGCAAAUGAUAUAAAGGAUAUGCUAAAUUAAAAAAUUAAUGGAUGGAUUUGUGAAGAAGAAACUAUUGAUAUUAUUAAAUAUAUGUAUAAUUAAGAAGAUGCGGAGUCUUUAAUUGAAAAAUAGAAAGGAUUUUAUGUUUAUGGAAAAAAUGCAACUUUAGCAGAAAGAAAAAAAAUGACAAGAGAAGAAUAUUUAGGAUAUUAAUAAGAAAAGGAAAAAGCAAGAAUUGAAUUUACAGUAUUUUAAAAAAUUAUUUUAGAUUUCUAACUAAAAAGUCAUGAAAAAUUUCUAAGAAAAUUCAUCCAACUAUAUAGAAGUGUGGAUUAAGAUUAAAAUGGUAUAAUAAAUGAGAAUGAAUUUAGAGAUUUAUUAAUUAAAAUGGGAAUAGAAAAAGAUGAAACAGAAAUAUAAAAAAUGCUUAGUUAGGUCGAUGCUUAUAAUAAAUAAUAAAUUACAUUUUCUUAAUGUGUGACUUUAUUUUCAUCAGAAUUGAUUGUUUGUGAUGGUGGAAACUAAAUGUCUAUAUUAUAAAAAAUUCAAGUUUGA